AUGACAAGUGAACCGUAUAAAAUUUGCCAGCUGAAAUCUUUGUUGGAGAUCUGUUACCGUUUUUGGUAUUUAGAGAUUGGAUUGAAGAUCGGAGAUCCGCUUGGAGAUUGGAAAUUGGAGAUUGGAGAUCUGGGAUCUGUUAGCGAAAAGCAAUUGCUGUGGGAUAGGAUUCCUGACGUUUGCAAUAUGACGCUUAUUGAUGAAUUGUUGGAAAAAGCAGAAAAUGCAGUGAGUUGUAAAGACAAAUUUUCGGUUCAUACAAUCUAUCCGGCACGUUCUCAUUCUUCUGGUCAUUUAUCAAAUACGUUCGAUCGAGCAAUCACCUUCAUUAAUCAUAUCCAGAAUAAACCCGUCCCUAUUCAGAUCUGUAUUGGGUCUGUUGCCGGCUGGCAAGGUGACAGGAUAUAUCUUCACAAAGGGAAGCAGAAUAGUAGCAGGUGUUAUUGGGUGCUCUUUGAUUUUACUCCAGAAACAUACAUCAUUGUCACUACCAUUAUCGCUAGUCAGAUGGAUCAAAGUUGUGAGCGUGCGGCAAACGUGCUUGCCACAAUAAAGCCAUAUAUUCAUUACAUUGUACUUCCUGUCGGUCUUUAUGCUGCUAGUCGUUUCCUCCGUUCUCUGAUACCUGGACCGCAACAUCACUCGAAACUUGAUUUACGCGAUCGUUCUGUACUAAUCACCGGAGCUAGUUCGGGUCUUGGGCGAGAAUUAGCAAUUUGUUUUUAUCGAAAAGGUGCUCAGGUUAUUUUAACAGCACGCAGCAUUAAUAAGCUGAAGGAAUUGUGUGAAGAACUGAAGUCAUUACCGGAUGUCAUCAAUAGGAAUGAACCAAUUUAUAAAUAUCUGGAUGUUAGCGAUCCAAAUGGCGUUGUGGAACUUGUCUCGCUUGCCAUCAAUCAACGAAUUGAUGUUCUUGUUAACAAUGCUGGUUUAAGUAUGCGUGGGAGUUGCAAAGAUACACCGAUGGAUGUACAUCGACAGACAUUUAAGGUAAUGGAAGUGAAUUACUUUGGUCAUGUUGCUAUAACCAAAGCAUUGCUUGACUACAUACCUGAAGAUGGAGCGAUUGUGUAUAUAAGCAGCGUACAAGGACGCAUUACUACACCAUAUCGAAGUUCUUACUCAGCAAGUAAACAUGCUGCUCAGGCUUUUUUCGAUUGUUUACGGACUGAAGAACGAUUUAAGACUCAGAUUCUCGUUGUAAAUGCAUCUUAUAUGAAUACAGGUUUUGGGCGUCAUGCGCUUACUAUAGAAGGUAAACCGAUAGAUAAGGAUGAUCCUAAUCAAGCAAAGGGACUCAAGCCGAGUUAUGCUGCUGAAUGCAUCAUAAAUGCUCUCGUAAACCGAAACACAGAAUUAAUUCUUGCACCAUUAAGUCAUCGUUUCGCUAUCUUUCUACGUUGGUUCUACCCAACCCUUUUCUUUUAUGUUAUGUAUCGGAGAGGCCUCAAAGAUACAAGCGUUAAGCAAAAGUAA